UGGAUGGUUUAACACCAAUCAGCGAGUAGUGGCGUUAGAAGAAACUGUGACAGUACUGAAGGCGUGGUACCACACUGAUACGACACAAAGAUGGCCAAGGUACUGGCCAAGCAACAAGAAGAAGAAAAGAAGAAGCGGGCUUUGGAAGAAGAAGAGAGUAGGUCAAAGGAGAAGAAAGAUCGUGAAGAAUUUCAGAAGCAGUUGAACGAUGCGUGGAAUGCGAAGUUUGAAGCUAUGUGUGGUUCUCUGCGCAGCGGUAGAGGUGCAGGUGCCAAUGAAGAGGAAAUCAACAAAUUAAAGAAGCAGGUUGAAUCACUGCAGAUUCGUAAUACGCAGGGUAACUCGCUGGGAGCCUCUACUAGCAAGGCGGCGGGAGGGGAUGAUGCAUUUCUGGCACGUAUGAUGCAAGAACAAGAGAUAAUCAAGCAACCGAUGGAAACUGCGAUGAAAGCUUGCCAGCGAAUGGAGAGCUUGGAAGAAGAGAUUCGAACUUUGAAGAAGGCAGAGGAGGAAGCGGUGAUGGAAGCCGAAAUUUGGAAGAAGGAGGCGCUGAAAUCGGGAAACAAACAGCAGGAGAAUGCCAAACUUAAAGAGGAGUUGAGUAAGCGGGAUGCUGGUAGGAAGGAGACACCCCGAUCCUCCUUCCCUGACCGACUGGAUGAUGUAGACAAAGAAGGGAAGGCAAUACACAAGUCCAGUAAAGGAAAGAAGAAAGUCGGAGAAAUCGAUAGCAACACAAAUGUCGACCGAGAAGUCUUUAUCAGGGAAGCGGCGAAGGAGUUGCGAGGUAAGAAGAAGGAUGCUAUUACCGAGAUCUGUCUAAAAGAAGGUGCUAAGUACACCACUCUCGGUGAAACCAUUGCGGAGAUCAUCGCCAAGAGAGUCGAGAGGGCGUUUGGCAAGCGACCUGCCAUUCAGGAGUUGUCUGAUGACGUGGCUGGUGAUCCGCUGCACGAAGACAAAGAAGAUGGGAGGGAUUCGGCUACUUCUUAGGAUCCCUCCUGAGCGCGGCUAACUUGUGGU